ACCAGGGAGUGUGAUCGCCUCAAGGCGCCGGCGCGGCUGGGGCUUUUUCUCUCGAGUGGUGGGGGACGAAAGGGCGACGUCCGGGGGAACUUUCCGCAAUUAAUUAGCAGAUAUGAUUAGCAUGCGCGGCCCGGCAUCCGCAGUUGCGCACUCUGCUUCCACUCCAUUUCUCCGCAUCUUAACUGUAUUCCACUCCAUUCCACCCUGCUUCUCGCUGGUUUGGAUCUACGCGGCCGUGGUUUGGUAGGAGUAGCCUCUUCGAGCGAGUUUGCCUUCCCCCCAUGCAUGCUGCCCUUCCUUCUGCAGUUUGCUUUCUGAAAUCCCGGGAAAAAAGAGGAGCUAACGAGGCAUCUGAAAGGUUCUUUCUUUCUUCAGAGUUGGAAAAUCUUUUGGUUGCCUAUUCCUUGUGUGAAUGGAAACUAAUAGUGAUGAAGCAAUGGGUACCUCUCGGCACAAUUCUCAUCCAAAGGUUCACAGCACAAUGUGCAAUGAGUUGUCUUUGAUGUUGGAUAAGGUUUCCUCGAUUCUUCCAUCAAUAGAAGCAGCUCAACCAGGAUGCAAAGCAGGUGUAGAGGAACUAUGCAACCUAUACAACAUAGUUGACAAAGGGAAACUCGUAAUCCAGAACUGCAUUGAAUGUAGCAGUCUUUACUUGGCUAUCACUAGUGAAGCAACUGCAAUGCGGUGUGAAAGGAUAAGGAACUCACUGAGGCGGAGCUUGUUCCUGAUCCAGAACAUGGUUGAACAAUUGUUAGCUAAUGAGGUGGCUGACAUUCAUAAUGAUCUUCGAGAUGUGAAAUUCAUUGUUGAUCCAGUGGAAGGGGAUGCUGGAAAAGCUAUUUUGGAGAUGCUUCGGCAAUCUGAAGUAACACGUGAACUCGAACUUCAAACCUUCCAAGUAGCAGCUUCGAAGUUGAAUAUUACAUCCCCCAAAGCUAUCUUAAUUGAAAGAAGAGCAAUCAAGAAAUUACUUGCCAAAAUAAAUGGCACUGAUCCUAAAAAGGAAGGAAUCCUUAAGUAUCUCCUAUAUCUAGUUAGGAAAUAUGGGAAGAAUACCAAGGGAGAGACUGGUGAGAAAAAUCACACCGUGAAUGCUUCAACUGAAAUCAUGAGUUCGGACUUAGUUGUUAAUGGAAUAAGUACUCAAAGAUGCAUUUCAACAAUGGAGUCUGGAAAUGUGAGAUUCGACGAUCAGAAUAAUUUAUUGGGAGCAGCCACACCACCUCCAGAGUUAUGCUGCCCAAUGUCUAUGAAGCUGAUGCGAGAUCCUGUUAUAAUAGCGUCUGGACAAACAUAUGAAAGAGAAAAUAUAGAGAGAUGGUUCAAUGAGGGAUAUGAUACUUGUCCUAGGACACAGAUGAAAUUAAGAAACUUCACGGUAACUCCAAAUGCUUGCAUGAAGGCUGUUAUUUAUAAUUGGUGCAAAGAUCACGAGCUUGAUCAUACUUAUUUGCCUGAACAGUUUCAUAGUUAUUACUCUGUAUCAAGUUUGCACAAUGUCUCGGCACCUCUAAUUACUGAAAAGAAUAGAGAUUACAUGGUUGAUUAUAGCAGUUCAUCUUUUGGAUUAUCAGCUGCUAGUUGUACAUCAUCCCCAAUGAGAGAAGCAGAGCAGUCAAAGGCUAGUUUUGAUCAGUUUUAUUCGAAUGCCAACUACCAGUUGUAUUUGUCCUUCUGCAACUUUGAUAAAGCAAUGUUCUUGGGUUUCUUCCAUGAGCUGUCUGAGCUUCCCUGGGAACUACAAAGCAAAGCUGUCAAAGAUUUGAAAACUAUCCUAAAUGGUGAAAAUCAAAUUUGGCAAUCUAUGGUAUGCAAUGGAUUUUUAGAAGCAUUCCAUGAAUUCCUUAAGGAUGAUAGUGGAACAUGCACACUGCAAGCUCGGAGAGCUGGAAUUCAUUUUUUUCUUGCUUUCCUUUCUAGUGGCAGGGAUCGAAUUCCUUCAGUUUGUGAAGAUGUGGUGCUUCUGAUUGCAUUACUACUUGAUUCCGAGUUCAAAAGGGAAGCUCUUUUGAUCGUGCAUGAACUGCUCCAGGAACAACGUUGUCAAAAAUCUAGUCUCAUGGCCUCUAUUGUUGCUCCUUUGGUGUUUGGAGCUUUAGACAGUGGAGAUACCAAGUGCCUAGACCUCGCUCUGAAGAUCAUCUGCAAGAUUUCAUCUGAUAAUGAUAUAAAACCUGACCUGGUUUCCUCUGGCAUAAUCUCAAAGUUAUCUCCACUUCUCAGUGAAGGCAGGAUGACAGAGUCUUCUUUGAAGAUUUUACGGAACCUAAGUGAAGUGAAAGAAGCCACAGAGUUCAUAAUAAGAACAGACAAUUGCCUCAGUUCCAUUUCAGAUCAUCUUGACACAGGAAGCCACAGAGAACAGGAGCAUGCGGUAGUUAUCCUUCUUGCAGUAUGUUCUGACAGUGCUGAGGUUUGUUCACUUGCCAUGAAGGAAGGUAUCAUCCCAGCCCUGGUUGACUUAUCAGUGAAUGGAACUGAGCUGGCAAGAGAUUGCUCAAUCCAGCUGCUUCAGCUUUUGAGGGACUUCAGGCGAUGCGAUCAGUUCAACAGUUCAUGCUCAAGGGAGGUAGCUGCCGACCAUGUUGCUGAGAACCCACCAAGUGAUUCAAUUUGCAAACAGCCAAUUUCGAAGUCUGCACGGUAUAUUUCAAGAAAGCUCAACGUUUUCACGAAACCACGGUCGCUUACCCUUGCCUGAGAAAUGGAAGUAGGUGGUUGGAUCAAGCCCUUACACAUUCUGCAACACAAACCGCCCGAUGUACAGCUGGUAGAAGGUAGUGUUGUCCAGAUGAAAUGCUUGAGCGAUGCUUUUAAACCCGCCAUGUAUUUCAAAAGAGUUUGUAUUAGCGGUUUUUUUAUUAGUUUUUUUACGAGGCGUUAGAGACAGUAGAUCUAGCUCAGUGCACGUGCUCUGAACUGUUCGAUGUAGCGACAAAACUUUGAUGAUGGUGGCUUUCUUUCUUUUUCACCAUAAAAAUACAGGAAAAUAGCUAAAUCAUAAGUCCUAAAAGGACAUGGCACCUUACUGUAA